AUGUUCAAUUCACUCGCUAAACUUUCAGUGGCGUCUUCUUUGCCAGCCCUGGCACUCUCGAAGCCCGUGGCAUUUGCCAAUGAACUUCGUAUGCGCCAAACGGCUGCCGUGCCCGAUUCGCAAAACGUCUCGGCCCCGUCCUUCAUUGGCAGUCCCUUUGCCGGCCAGCAAUUGGCGCCCAAGCCACGUUUUGUGCCGGAUGCGCUGCAAGCCCAUAUCGACGGCGGCAACACGCGCACCGACGAUUUUGCCGGACCAUUGGGAAACAGUCCCCAGGCCUACAGCAGCACCACGCGUGUCGGCUACCUCUUCUGGGACAUGGACACUGUCUCGUCCACCGGCGCCGUUCUGGCUUCGCUGGUCUGCGGCGAAGACCCAGUCGCCUGGUGUCUGGCGGCACUGGACGCAACCACGCUCGAGCCGGUUGCGCAGUGGACGCCUCAGAACCGGACGACCAUCUCCAACUACUGGCAGAUUCUCAACGGCCGCGCCGCCGUCCCCACCCUCGAGGGUUUUAUCGUUGACGUCAAGCUUGCCCAGGCCGAAGAUGGAACUUUGUCCUUCACUGAAGUCGGCGAAUGGGACGUCUCGGGCUAUAUGGCUUCCGGCUCCAUCAUUGCGACUGUCGGCUAUGCGGGCGACGGCAACCUCUGGUUCACCGGCACGUCAGCCCCUCUUGUAGGGAUGGAGGGCGCCAACGUCUCGACCAUUGGCUAUGUUCAGCCCGCGGAUGGCACCGUACAUGCGAUCGAGCUCGAGAACGCUCUGAUCGAGAAUGGCGCAGCAAUCAACGGGAAAACCAUGUACGUCGUGACCGGUCCCGCUGGCUCCGAGGAUCACGCCAACGCCGUUGGCCACUUCUACGCCGUUCAGGCCGGGACGAACGGCAGCGUCGCCAUCGUCUACGACGAGAAAUAUGAUGCUGGUAGCGGGAUGAAGCCGGGCGGCUUGUCGCGCGGUUCCGGCGCGUCCGUCGGCCUGAUUGGCGAGAAAUAUGUCGCCAUCACCGACAACGCGGAUGUCCAGGUCAAUUUGAAUGUCUACCUCCAGGCUGACGCAAUGACUGACGGCGCGAAUGCCCUUGUCUGCUCGGUUCCCCUGUUUCAGCCCAACGCCAGUGGCAACGAGGCGGCCCUGACCACCUACUUCGACGGCACGACGUACAGCGCCUCGAUCCUCAACUCGUACAACUCGUCCUGGUCCUUUGGUCAGAUUAGCAGUGAUGGCGAUAUCAACGGCCCGCAGAACGACCUCGGCAGUACCGCACCUGGCAUCGCCCGCGUCGACAUCACUGAGGCCGGCGAGUGCAGCCUCGUGUGGGAUAUCAACGAUCGCGUGACUAUGACGACGCUGUCGACCGCUACGGGACUCCUCUACGGCUAUACCCAGGACUAUGAGCUGGCCCAGCAAGGUGAGUAUGUCUGGUAUGUUGUGGCCUACGACUUCAGCACUGGCGAGGAGGUCUGGCGUGCGAGGAUGGGUGCCGGUGGAGUGUACAGCGGUGGCGUCUCGCACAUCCAGUUGGGCCCGGGAGGCAGGAUCUUUGAGGCCAUCGGCCAUCAACUACCUCAGCCGCUCGCCACCACCACCGAGUUCAUCGUCACCAACUACGACCACAUUUCCCUGGUCGCUUUCCUCAGCACAAUGCUCACCUUAUCCCUCGGCAGCAAAACUACGGCAUUCACCAUCGGCCACGCGCUCGCGUACGGCGUCGACGCGGCCGCCGGUGUCACCAACAACGUGCGGACCAGCCGCAACGCUACGAAUGCGCAAGGCGUCGUCUGGCGUCCUGAUACUGUAGUUGAGAUUCGCUGGGCGUGGUUGGCGCUGCCGCUCGCGUUGGUCCUUUUUGGUGCCGAUUUCUUGGCGGCGGUGUUGGUAGCGAGCAGGGGCCAAGCUGGGCUGCCGCUUUGGAAGUCGUCGUUGCCGUUGUUGUUUCAUGGGUGGGAUGAGGGGGAGAGAAGGGAGCGGAUGGAAGGGUUGUUGGACAGGGAACAGUUUAGCAAAUAUUUGAGAGGGUGCCUGGUGCCGGUUGGCUGGCUUGUGCGUGCUCUGUUGAUGGGUCUGCUGUAUCUUAAGGUCAUCUGCGGAAGGAUUGCCUCAUUCGUGGUUGAAUUGGACGGGUGGAAGUAA